UUGUACAGUUUGGAUUAGUUACAAUUGAAUGCAAUGGUCACACUGUCGUCAUUUUCAUUUUUAUAUCGUCGUCGUCGUUGUCUCGUUUUGUGAAAAUGAAGCAGUGAUUUUAAAGAAAAAAUUCCUUAUAGAAUACUAUGGAUCCAAAUAGACAUCACGAGUUCAUUGGUGGCAAUGAAGAAAGGCAAAGUGCAAUGUAUUUUAGUGGAGGGAUCGAAGAAAAUCGAUCGAAUACUCAAUAUUAUACGCAGGAGAGAGUAAUGGUCAAUAAUAAGUCUAGCAUAUGUCCAAGCAUGUCCAAUAAUAUUACGUGCAAUGCAUGCCCUUCAACAUCAGAUGGAAAUUGGAGCUCAGAAAGCUCAUCAAGAGUAGAUUUCCAAAACACGAGUACACACCGGGAAAAAGUCAAUCAAAAUCCGAUAUAUUCUCACGAUGGCCGGCAAUAUUGCCAUCCGACUAGCGGAGUGACUUACGCAACAGAUGUAAUACCUGUCAGCAGAAAUAAUGUUGGAUUACAAGAUAGAAAUUCAGUGUCUAGUAAAAGUUGUGCCUUGGAGUCAAAUUAUAAUUUCAAGCAACAACUUCAGCAUCAACAACCUCAAGCCCAGGCACAGCCAAAUCUGAUACAAAUGCAAACUCAAUCGAAUAUAAACAAUAUAACAAAUAUACCACCGCAACAAUUACAACAACAACAUAAUGAACAUCUUAGUUCAAUUGGAAACUAUUCUAAAGGGAGUUUAUACGACGAAAAGUACCUGUCAAGACAGGACUUGUAUAAAGAUGUUAAAGUCGGGUACUCUACGGUUCCUGGCCAUGGGGCAGCAAACGCAAUGAUGUACAAUGAGGUAAUACAAAGCCAAAAGUCAGCUCCUGCGCCGAUGGAAAUAAUACGUAAUAACAAAGUGGACCCCAGCAAUAUUAUAAAUCCUAGCAACUCAUUGGCCUUGAAGGAACAACAAGCUAGCCCCAACUAUGCACGCAAAUGUCCGCAAAUUUUUACACAUGGCGAUCAUGGCAAUACGCACACGACGCAUCAAAGCUUAUAUAUGUCGACACCACAAUUCAGUUCAGAUAAGUUUACUAAUAUUCAUGCCCAAAGAAAAAUUAUUCAUGAGCCAGAACUCAAAAUACAUGGUUGUACUACGGGCAGUGGUAAGGUAAACGAAAUGCAAAUGUCUUCUAUUAGUGGUUAUCCAUCUCAUAGUAGUGGCAGUAAAUAUCACCACCAACACCUGCACGAAACCUCAAUGCAACAAUCAGAAUUAGCUUCCCACCACCAGCAGGAAUCUUUACUGAAUAAUGCCAGCCCCUCUAUUUCUCGUAGUCAAAACUACUAUAUGCAAGGUGCCAAGACGCAGAUUAGUACAGUAUCAGACAUGCCUCCUAUUUCCGCAAAACAGGCGCAAAUUACAAGCCAGUAUUCGAAAAGCCCGAAAGCUUUACCAUCGCAUUCUCAGCUGCAUUCUUUAUCACAUGCUCAUCUCGCAGUGAAAAGUAACACCCAUGAUUUGCCGGACUUUAAAAAUAAAGAUGAUAUUUAUAAUGAACCCAUGCUGCACCAGGGUAGUGGGUUGUAUGUGAACCCCUACAAAACCACUUCGACGUUGGAUACGUGUUGUAAAGACAUCUCUGCCCCUUAUGCCAAUAUGACCAAUAACUUUAAUGAAAAUACCGGCCAGCACGGCUACUUCAAAUAUGGUAAAAUGACGAAAGACACAGUUACAAAAAACAACAUAUGCACAGAAAAUCAAAAUACUCCCCCCCCUACACCUGUAUAUCGGUCAUCUGGCUAUAAGACACAGCCAUACUAUUAUGAAACACAGCAUAUUAAGUACGAUAGCAAUGUACAUAAUAACAAUUUCAAUAUGUCACCAUCUGUCGCAGCUGUAGCCUCGCCGUCACCGUCACAAACAACACCGCCAUCUCACAUACAAAUGCAUCACACAAAUCUGGCACCACAAAGCCAAUCGCCAGCAAAUUACUCUCAAAUAAUUUGUUACCCGCAGCAUAAUCAAAUCGAAAUUCAUCGCAAUACAGUUCGAACGCACCAUGAAAGCGCAGCUAUGCAUCCAACAUCUAACUUCUGUGCAUAUGACAGGCAACCACAAAACUCAAAGGCUCUUAACUCUCACUCUGCGUCCGUACAGCCUUCCCAACAAACGCAACCAAUUGAUCCGCCGCUGCAACCUAAAGUAAUUUCUAACCUAACGAGUCAAGCACAAAAGCAAAAUGUAGUUAAGAAAUCUCAAGCUCCAAAAACCAAUUAUAGAGAAUUGAUAAACCAAGUAUACGCCAUGAGAAAUGCUACAUCGGAAAAAGAAUUAGACUUACAAAUUAUUAAGAAGGCCUUAAAUUCAGCUACAGGACCAACAGGUACUCAACCUGCCGAAAAAUUACCACAAAACGUGGUAGCUCCAAAUAAUGGUAGUUUGCCAUUGCCUGUUAAUUCCUCAAUAUCUAAGGACUAUGGAAUGAAUGCUUUGGAAAGUGGUGUUUUAGUGGAAAACCUACCUACUCCUACGCGCAAUUCGGCAAAGAUUUGUAUCGAUGCAACCUUACCUGAUAUACAACGAACAAUUAAGGUAGAGGCACCGUUGAGUUCAUCACCUCUGGAUUUAUCAAUGCGCACGGUUAAGACGAAAGCUGAUUCCACUGAAUACAGUUACCAUCAAGCACUUUUGAAAAAUCCUCCAAUAGAUUAUAAGCAUGCCCUACCAAGGGUAGAUUUUACACCAAAUUUUUCCCUUCAUUCUGAUAAAAGGGCUGGAGUACACAAAAUCAUAAUGAACCAGCAAAGUCAGCAUUUGCAAACUUCAGCAGAAGUGCCCAAACCAAUAUUGAUGACACUUGGUUCCAAGGGUAUUUUAGCACAUCCUCAAUCAACACAGCACAGAGUUUGUACGGUCACCCAACGCAGCGGUCUGGCUCCCAUGGCUGAUAUAAAGCCAAAUUCUAUGGUUUUAAAAGCAACAGAUGAAAGUGUGAAGAUGUGCCAGAUUCGACCAAGCGUCGUAGAAACUAAUCCAUUCGCUACAAUAAAGUCAAUAAAAACCGAACCAAGUUCAAUAAUCAGCAGAACUGUCCCUACAACAGUGGAACAUCUUAACCAAACUACUAAUUUAAUGCCGUUGCCGAAACCCCUACAUUCAAAUGAUAAUGCGGUUGCUCGUGCACCAGCGUAUAGUGGCAGCGUUAUAAAAACCGCUGAUCAAAUUUCACUGGUAGAUACGGAUUCCCCAUCCAAUACAUUUAGCAGCACUCCAAAUUCAAAUGAACACCGAAACCCUAAUUAUCUAGGUCGCAAGCGACAUCUUCAAGAAUACUCAAAUUCACAGCGUAAUGAGCCAAUAGUUAAACAACAGCGAUAUCAGGAACGAGAUGGAUCAUCAAAAGCUGAAUUGAUAACUAUGACCACCACAUCAUCGACGGUUAUAGCAUUAAAUGAACAAGCAAUCGAUGAGAGCAGAGAACGAGAGCGAAAUGUGAGAACCGUUGAAAAAUCCAUACAAGCCGAAAUAACUCCCUGUUGUCAACGGGAAAGCUCCAUAAUUAUUAAUAACAAUGUACCUAUCUGUAAAAUAGAACCAAUAACGCCGACUAUAGAUACACCUUCACCUACGAUUUUACAUCCGGUUCAAAUGGUUCCAAUUAAAACGGAAACACAUUCAGUUAUAGCAGCUCGCAUUAGAACGAAAGCGGAGCUGAAAGGUUUUACUUUUAAUACACCCGUAGAUAUAGUAAAUACCGUUAAAGAACCUAUACAAAUAAAAGAGGAACCAAGCACUUGUCAGACCCCUAAACCAGAGUUGCCGUCCAUUCCGGGGCUAGACGAAGAAUACGAUUCCAGUAGUCUUUUAGAUUUUAGUUGGAAUAAUAAAUGUACUGACUUCAUGGAACAGUUACUUACAAGUUCACAAAAUAAGUAUUCCAAGCGCCGAUUUGGGAAUAUUAAUAACGACGUAAGUGAAGAAUGUCAAAUUGCUUCAAAUGGCAUCUCAAGAAUGAUUGCUUCAGAUGGGUCAGUGGAACAGAACACGUCAAAUGUAGAAUCGGUAGAAAGUAGCAAUUCGUGUGAUAUAAUGGAUUCAAUGAUUGAUAGUGUCUUAAAGACUGAACGUACAACAGGCAAGUCUCUGGAAGGUCAUUCAUCGCAGUCAACAAUGAUCAUCAUCCAGAAAAAAAUAAGCAAACAAGAUCGGGGAAAAAUUAGGUUGCAGCAGGAAAAGCGGAUCGCUGCUCGUUUGCAAAUGGAUAGUAGUUCUGAGAGUGAUGAUGAAAUUCAUAAAAGAAAGAAGGACCGAUCGAAGAAGCCUGUAAAGAAAGCCAAGUUGCGACAAAAUACUCAUAUUGACAUAAAUCAAUUCUCGGAUUGUGGCUCCGAUUCUUCUGAUACUAGUGAUGGAAGAAAUUCUCUAACAAAAGUUUCUUUACAAACGACUGAUCAAAAUGACAAAAAUUCCCAUUCGGCAACGAAACAAAACGUCAAGAGUUCGGAGGAGACAACACUCAAAGCAGAAUUCAAGGAUAAGUGCCAAAGCAAUGCGAUGAAAAAUAAUCGUUUAAUAUCUAGUAAACCGAAAACGUCCGAGAAUGACGAUUCACAAAAAUUGUCUUCGAAAAGGAGUGAAGGGAGAGAAACGCAGAAAACGAAUGAAGAAAAAGAGACAAAACAAGAUAAGGUGGUAAAAUCAGCACAAACCAAUUCCGCAAAUAAAGAAGAAAUCGCGAAAAGUGCAAAGAAACCCAAAGUGCAUUUAAAAGUAGGUUUAAAUACAAUGACCCGUUCUAAGAGAAAGCGGGAAAUGGAGCUACAAUUGGCGAAUAGCAAAGUGUUACGUAAUGAUAAAAUCAUCCGUAAUUCUACAACUAAAAUAAAAUCAAUCAAACGAAAAUAUGUUCGCAAGUUUGUCAACAAUCAGAGCUCUGUAUCCGCCGUCUGUAAAGAACUAUCGAACAAAGAGUCUGAUCGUGAGCCUUCAAUGCGCUUGCGUUCUAGAAAUGAGAAGAAUGUGAAAAGUGGGAAAACUGAAAAGGUACCUGGUUCGACUAGUAAAAAACUUAAUAAGGCAACGAUAGCAGUUAGUGAUAGUCAAAAUGGAAGACCCAAGGGCAAAGAACGCCAAAACGAUUUGUUUUUAGAAGUUUACCGUUAUAAGCGUUCGUUGAAAAUUCCCCCAAAUUUAAUUACAAUAGAGCAUCCACACAAUCUUAAAAUGGCUGCAUCAUUGCCAGAUCUGGAGCGCGAACACGAUCCUUCACUAACCAGCACUAACAGAAGUGCCAAAUUUGCGAAGUCGAUCGAAAGGUUACUUCAAAAGUCAACACCGAAUAUCAGUGAGAAAUCACUAUUGACCUCUAAAACCCAACAAGAGGAACAAUUGCAUGAGGAAAGGCGUUCAAUAAUUGAUGUGCUGCAUUCACGUGUUAUAAAAACAAAUGCCACCACCUGUACAAAGCCUAAGUAUAAAAAGAGUGCAAACAAUUACGGCAUUUCUAGCCAAAUUCAUAGCGAUGUUUCACACAGUGCAGAAUCAAGUUCAGUCACAGAAAUGCUUUCCAUUCCAAUAAAAAAGGAGCACGACGAAGAAUCUAGUGAUGGAAAGAAGCGACACUUCAGUAUUUUUGAGACAACCGUUUUAAAAACCAAAACACGAACAGAAUCAAAAAUGCAACAACGCAAAGAAAUUAUACGAGAGAUUUUUGUUGGUGACGAUAGGCCAGCAUCUGCCCCACCAGAAAUUAUAUCUCAAAUGUCGGAUGGUAAUGAUAAAAUGACAUUCGAACAAAAAUAUGAACAAUUUUUGCAACAUUAUAUUGUUAUUAAUGACGACAAAUUACGCAAGAAUGGUAAAACUAGCACCCUCUCCUCACAUUCGGUUUCGGGUUCGGUUUCAGCAUCAACUUCAACUGCGAACCAUCUAAAGGAAGACGUCAAGGAUGAAGAGGACACAUUGGCAAGUACUGGUGCAGCAGAUGCAUAUGAUAAAUCAUUAGACACAAAUACUGUUAACAAAACAAGUAUAGAAGGUGAUAGCGCCACGUCUAGUUUUAGAAGACGGCGGCCUGGAAAGUAUCUACGUCGAAAAGGAAGCUCUGGAUUCGAUUACAUACGCAAAAAGAAAAAACCAAAUCCGACCUCUUCCGUGAACCUUAAUUCCACACAAAAUCUGCAAAUACUGGCCAAAGUUGAAAGGAAAACAGAGGAUGAAAAUUAUGAAAAAAAGGUAAAGACCGAGAAUGAUGUACGUCGUGAAGUACGUAAAUGGGUGCUUAAUAAGAGCGUUGGUCAAAGCACAAUGCAUAAAGCCGCACGUCUGGGAUACAUAGAUGUUGUUGUUUACUGCUUGGAUCGUAUGGGGAUGAAUCCAGAUCAGAAAGAUAAUGCUGGCUAUACACCGCUACACGAAGCCUGUACAAAGGGUUGGCUUGAAAUUGCUAGGAUUCUUUUACAGUAUGGAGCAAAUCAUUCUGAAGCGGCGCAUUCGGGCAUUCGACCGUUACAUGAGGCAAGUGAAAACGACCACGAGGAGAUUGUGCGUUUGCUGCUUUCUUAUGGCGCUGAUCCGUUACUCGCUACAUAUUCAGGCCAAACCCCUUUAAUGCUUGCUUCAAGCACUGCAAUGCGGGACUUUCUCAACAAUCACUUGAGUGAUGUGCAGAACGUUGGAUCCGACAAAAAGCCCUGGAAAUUUAGAGGACCAUGGGAGAUUUUAGAUUCAUCAAAAUAUGGUUAUGAUAUAUUCGGAGGAGCACCGAAUUUUACAUGUGAUAUGAGCAGAGCUCUUAGAAAAAGUUCAGUAUCUAAUUUGAUAACGAACAAAAAACAAUUUAAUACGUAUGUAGAGGCGGGCAGUAACCGUAAGACUAUGAUGGAAAAUUGUGCAGUCGUGCUUGACAAUAUUGAUCGAUUUAACUCCGUUCGAUUGCACAAUGACAACAAGCCAGAAAUUUUGGUAGAAAAUUCGGAUAGCGAAGGGGAAAUGUUUGAAUUUGAAGAAGCUGAUAUUUUACUACCACCCUUAUAUUUACUCAAAGAUGAAGGAACUGACAAAUGGGUUCUGUUGAGUGAUUUGUGCAAUUUGCUUAAGGUCAAAUCUAAAGAUACUCUUUUGAAUAAGAUAUAUCCACCUUCUUCAUCAGCAUCUCCCGCACACAAAAGUCUGAUGAGGGAACUUAAGAUGUCAGAUUUCUUGGAGAGGGCAACGUGUUUGCAACUUCUAUGCGCUGGAGAAAAAAUCAAUAUUUGCGCUUCAAAGGUUGUUUUAAUUAAAUACAACGAUAGCGUUCGCAAUUUAUUAGGUGUAAAAACAAUAUUGAUGAAAUUUUAAAAAAAGUUAAAUAAAUUAUGUGUAAAGAACGUGAUACUAAGGUGCUAUACGGAAAAGAUUUUGAAUGAAGUGUAGAUAACCUGGAUAUUUAUGUAAAUAUGUUUUAAUAUAAAAUGAGGAUAAUCAAAAAAUAUAUGAUUAUGAAGAUUGUAAAGAUUAUGGCGAAAGCAAAAGAAAAGCAUAAGAUUGUAAAUGUAUUUUUAAGAAAUAGGCUACAAAGAAUUUUGUUUAUGACCAACAAUUAAUUAUAAAAGUGCAUAAUAUUUUCAUAAUAUAAAAGAGAUGCCGUUUUAAUACAGUGUGAAUAAUAAUUUUUAUUAAAAAGUAACAGUUUCAGUUUAAAUACAAAUUAAGCAAA